CUCUCCUAAAAACAAAAUGGCAACUAAUUCAGCCACCUCGGUAGCUUACUAGCCAACAUUAAACUGAUGCAUUGAAGCUCCUUUGAUAAUUUGUAUAUUAAUGUGUUUUUAACACAACUUGUCUCUUAGUUAACUUUGACGUAAUUUUCUUGUUAAAUGUACUACAUUGUUAAGAUUGGUACUGAGCUUAGACUAGGCUAGUCACUAAUGCUAGCUAGCUAACAUCCCUGACUAUGAGCUCGCUAAACUACUCCCCCACUGCUAAAGAAGAGGAGGUCUGCUGGACAGAGAAAUAAGCUCUGGGGCUGAACAUUGUCGUAAAAGAAGAAGAAGAGGAGGAUGUUACAGUGAAAGAAGAGAAAGAACCGUUUGGAGUGGAAGAGGGGGUAGAGGCUGUCACAGUGGAAGAGGAGGUAGAAGCUUUCAAAAUGGAAGAGGAUGCUAUCACAUUGAAAGAGGGGGCUGUUACAGUGAAAGAAGAGAGAGAACCGUUUGGAGUGGAAGAGGAGGCUCCCUCAAUAAAAAAGGAGGACAUUUUGGGAGUGAAAGAAAAGGAAGAAAUGGGGGAGGAGACUGAAGACCUGAUUAACACCAGAGAGAGACCAGACUCGCACUCUGACAAUUGUCCUUCAGGGGAUCCAGACCCGGAGAAGAGUCCUUCGGGGGAACCAGACCCAGGGAAGAGUCCUUCAGGGGAACCAGACCCAGGGAAGAGUCCUUCGGGGGAACCAGACCCAGGGAAGAUUCCUUCGGGGAAACCAGACCCAGGGAAGAUUCCUUCGAGGGAACCAGACCCAGGGAAGAGUCCUUCAGUGGAACCAGACUUAGGGAAGAGUCCUUCAGGGGAACCAGACCUAGAGACGGCCAAACCAGUAGGACGACACUGUUGCUCCCACUGUGGAAGGAGAUUUACCAAGUUACACAACCUAAAAGAGCACGAGAGGACACACACAGGAGAAAAGCCUUUCCAAUGUUCCCAGUGUGGAAGGAGUUUUAGCCGGUUAGACAGCCUGAAAAUGCACGAGCGAAUUCACUCUGGAGAGAAGCCCUACCAGUGCUCCUAUUGUGUAAUGAGUUUUUCACGAUCACAGGCCCUCAAAAGGCAUGAGAGGACACACACAGGAGAAAAGCCUUUUCAAUGCUCCCAGUGUGGAAAUAGUUUUACCCUGUUGGCACACCUGAAAUCACAUGAGAGGACACACACAGGAGAAAAGCCUUUCCAAUGUUCCCAGUGUGGAAAGAGUUUUACCCGGUUAAGGACCCUAAUUAGGCAUCAAGGAAUACACAAAGAAGGAAGGAAGACCUUCCAUUGCUCUCAGUGUGGAAAGAGUUUUACUAAGUUAUGGGGCGUGAAAAUACAUGAGAGAAUUCACUCUACACACAGAGGAGAAAGGCCUUUCCAAUGCUCCCAAUGUGGAAAGCGGUUUACCCAGUUAGGGAACCUGAAUUUACAUAAGAUAAUUCACUCCGGAGAUAAGCCUUACCACUGCUCUCAGUGUGGAAAGAGCUUUAUCCGGUCAUGCCAUCUCAAAGAGCAUGAGAAAACACACACAGGAGAGAAGCCCUUCCAAUGCUCCCAGUGUGGGAAGACAUUUUCCCGAUUAAGGUAACUGAAAUCCUAUUACAUUUCACACACUCUUAUCCAGAGAGAAUAACAAUUGGUGCAUUCACCUUAAGGUAGCUGGGUGAGACAACCACAUAUCACAGGCAUAGUAAGUACAUUUUCCCUUCGUAAAGUAGUUCUCAGCAAAGUCAGUGCUAGUAGGAAAAGACAAGUUCAGGUCAGAUUUAUUGAAGAUACUCUUUGAAGAGGUAGGGUCAUCGUGGUUUUCGGGAAGAUGGGCUGGGACUCUGCUGUCCUGACAUUAGGGUUCCAGUAUUGGUGUGCCAGGACAGAGAAUAACUUUGACUGGGCUGAUUGGGAGCUGGUGAGAGGGCCAAGAGACCAGAGUUGGCAUAACGGAGUGCUCGGGUUGGAUGGGUUGUAGGUAGGGAGGGGCAGUUCCCUUGUAUGCACCAGGGUCUUGAAGUGGAUGUGAGCUUUGACAGGAAGCCAGUGGAGUGUGUGGAGGAGCGGGGUGAUAUGGGAGAACUUGGGGAGGUUGAACACCUGGCGGGCUGCGGCAUUCUGGAUAGGUUGCAGGGGAGCCCAGCCAACAGAGAGUUGCAGGGGAGCCCAGCCAACAGAGAGUUGCAGGGGAGCCCAGCCAACAGAGAGUUGCAGGGGAGCCCAGCCAACAGAGACAAGUGCCUGGAUUAGGACCUGCACUGCUUCCUGUGUGAGGUCGGUUUGUAAUCUACGGAUGUUGCAGAGCAUGAGCCUGCAGAAGUGAGUCACUGCUUUGAUGUUUGCAGAGAAUGACAGGGUCUUGCCAAGGUUCGUUGCACAUGAGAGAAUAACGAAGCUAUGUUCGGUCUCUUGUUUUUUGACUGAGAAUUUGUGUUUUUGUUUAUGCCACAUGAAAUCAAAUUGUGUGAAUGAAAUCAUACAAAAAAAUGGCUACUUUUGUUUUAAAAUGUUCUAAUGUCCAUUUUAUUUUCAUUAAUAACAAUUCUUGUAAUUCCAAGAUGGCGUAGCAGUGCAGACGUGGUUUGUCGUCCUCUCGUUAACUUUAGUAUUUUGUCUUUUUUGUAUAUAUUUAAAUGUAUUUUCAAUCUGUUUUCCAUUUUUAAAUUAAAUAUACCUUCUGUAAAUAUACCUUCCGGUAACCCGCCUCACCCAAUGUGAUAUGGAUCCACUAUUUUUUUUAGACCUUAUAGCUAGAACCCCCAUCAGAACCUAGCCAUCAGAAGCUAACCAGCUAAUUAGCUACUAGCUAUUUAGUCAUUGUUACCCACUGCUAGCGGUCUUUACCUUCUGCACGGACACCAACCGUUUUUUUUGCCUGGAUAAUGCUGCCAGCCUGCCAGUAUCGGAUUGUUUUCUCCACUACAACGCCGUAUUCCUGCCGUAAACCCUGGACCAUUACUCCUGAUCAUCACAGCUAGCUAGCUGCCACCGAGUGACCCAGCCCUGAAGCUAGCCCUGUGCCAGGCCCACCUCCCGGCCGACUCUGUGAUCAGUCGUUGCCUCCCGGACUCUACCCCAACACGGCUAGAAUCCACUACACCGGAUCCUUACCGUAAGCUUCUGGACCUUUGCAUCGGAUCAUUGCUGCUAGCUAGCUGCUACCGAUUGGCUAUAGUGGCUAACGCCCCUGCCCCGAAGCUAGCACCAGUUAGCCGCAAGCCAGGCGCAUCUCCCGGCUAGCAAACUAAGUGACCAGACCGGACACGUCGCGUGUGUAACCGAUGUGAAAUGGCUAGCUAGUUAGCGAUGAUACGCGCUGAUAGCGUUUCAAUUGGUGACAUCACUCGCUCUAAGACCUGAAGUAGUUGUUCCCCUUGCUCUGCAAGGGCCGUGGCUUUUGUGGCGCGAUGGGUAACGAUGCUUCGAGGGUGUCUGAGAUUUCCAUACCCAGCUACAACAUUUUCCAUCAAGAUAGAACUGCCAAAGGGGGUGGAGUUAGUCUGCAGAGUGCUGUCAUACUUUCCAGGUCUAUGCCCAAACAGUUCGAGCUUCUAAUUUUAAAAAUGAAUCUCCAGAAAUAAGUCUCUCACUGUUGCCGCCUGUUAUAGAUCCCCCUCAGCUCCCAGCUGUGCCUUGGACACCAUCUGUGAAUUGAUUGCCCCCCGUCUAUCUUCAGAGUUCGUUCUGUUAGGUGACCUGAACUGGGAUAUGCUUAACACCCCGGCAGUCCUACAAUCUAAACUAGAUGCUCUCAAUCUCACACAAAUUAUCAAGGAUCCUACCAGGUAAAACCCCAAAUCUGUAAACAUGGGCACCCUCAUAGAUAUCAUCCUGACCAACCUGUCCUCUAAAUACACCUCUGCUGUCUUCAACCAGCUACUUGCCCAAGCCUCCCCAGCUUCUCCUUCACCCAAAUCCAGAUAGCAGAUGUUCUGAAAGAGCUGCAAAACCUGGACCCGUACACAUCAGCUGGGCUAGACAAUCUGGACCCUCUCUUUCUAAAAUUAUCCGCCGCCAUUGUUGCUACCCCUAUUACCAGUCUGUUCAACCUCUCUUUCGUAUCGGCCGAGAUCCCUAAAGAUUGGAAAGCUGCCCCGGUCAUCCCCCUCUUCAAAAGGGGAGACACUCUAGAUCCAAACUGUUAUAGACCUAUAUCCAUCCUGCCCUGCCUUUCUAAAGUCUUCGAAAGCCAAGUUAAUAAACAGAUCACUGACCAUUUCGAAUCCCACCGUACCUUCUCCGCUGUGCAAUCUGGUUUCCAAGCUGGUCACGGGUGCACCUCAGCAACGCUCAAGGUACUAAACAAUACCAUAACCGCCAUCGAUAAAAGACAGUACUGUGCAGCCGUCUUCAUCGACCUGGCCAAGGUUUUCGACUCUGUCAAUCACUGUAUUCUUAUCAGCAGACUCAACAGCCUUGGUUUCUCAAAACACUGCCUCGCCUGGUUCACCAACUACUUCUCAGAUGUGUCAAAUCGGAGGGCCUGUUGUCCGGACCUCUGGCAGUCUAUGGGGGUACCACAGGGAUCAAUUCUCGGGCCGAAUCUUUUCUCUGUAUAUAUCAACGAUGUCGCUCUUGCUGCGGGUGAUUCCCUGAUCCACCUCUACGCAGACGAGUCCAUUCUGUAUACAUCUGGCCCUUCUUUGGAUACUGUGCUAACAAACCUCCAAACGAGCUUCAAUGCCAUACAACACUCCUUCCGUGACCUCCAACUGCUCUUAAACGCUAGCAAAACCAAAUGCAUGCUUUUCAACCGUUCGCUGCCCGCACCCGCCCGCCCGACUAGCAUCACUACUCUGGACGGUUCUGACUUAGCAUAUGUGGACAACUACGAAUACCUAGAUGUCUGGCUAAACUGUAAACAAUAAUCGCUGAAGCUGGAGA